CCAGGACUGUUCCUAGAAAGACCUAAUUACAUAGGAGAAAUAAUACAAAAAGCAGAGAACAAUGACAGCUGCAACAUUUCCUCAAUUCAGUUAAGAAUGAGUCGUUUAUUAGAAAUUGGGAGGGUUUUUAUUCCCAGGAUGAUGGCGUAUGUGCUGUGGAGCAUUGUUGUGCUACUGGGCAUCCUCUCCUCCCACCAGAUUGCUGCAUAUCCCGAUGGGAAAGUCUCGGCCGCCUGCAGCACAAUGGAGCCUGUUCACGGGACCACAGCCCAAACCAGUGCAGCUCCUUACAGUCUGCAAGUGUCAAAGACCAACUACACCAAUGGAGAUAAAAUCACAGUGACACUCCAGAAUACAACGUCUCAGUUGAUUGAAGGGUUUUUGAUUCAGGCUCGGUCCGGCAGCAGUACCACACCUCUAGGCUACUUUGAGAUCAGUGGCUCUGAUGUACAGACUCUGAAAUGCACAACUGGUGCGAGCGCUGUCAGUCACACAUCUGGAGCACAGAAGUCCAGCGUAAAGGUCACCUGGGUGGCUCCAAACUCAAAUAUCUCUGACAUCCAGCUCAGAGCUACUGUUGUGGCAUCUGAAAAAAUAUAUUGGUUAAAUGUAUUGGGUCCGAAGCUCACGUACGCUGGGUCUAGCGGGUGCCGGUUAUUGGUACCUGGUGUCCUCAGUGUGUUACUUAUCUGUGUCCUGUGCUUAAUGUGAGGACCAUGUGGACAACCCCAUAUGAAGAUGCUGCUAAUCCCCAGCUUUAUCCAUGGUCACAUUAGCUGCACAUUCACCAGUAUUAGGGGUCACAUAUUAGCUGUGUAUUCACCAGUAUCAGGGGUCACAUAUUAGCUGCACAUUCACCAUUAUCAGGGGUCACAUGUUAGCUGCACAUUCACCAGUAUCAGGGGUCACAUGUUAGCUGCGCAUUCACCAGUAUCAGGGGUCACAUGUUAGCUGCACAUUCACCAGUAUCAGGGGUCACAUGUUAGCUGCGCAUUCACCAGUAUCAGGGGUCACAUGUUAGCUGCACAUUCACCAGUAUCAGGGGUCACAUGUUAGCUGCACAUUCACCAGUAUCAGGGGGUCACAUGUUGGCUGUGCAUUCACCAGUAUCAGGGGUCACAUGUUAGCUGCGCAUUCACCAGUAUCAGGGGUCACAUGUUAGCUGCACAUUCACCAGUAUCAGGGGUCACAUGUUAGCUGCACAUUCACCAGUAUCAGGGGUCACAUGUUGGCUGUGCAUUCACCAGUAUCAGGGGUCACAUGUUGGCUGUGCAUUCACCAGUAUCAGGGGUCACAUGUUAGCUGCGCAUUCACCAGUAUCAGGGGUCACAUGUUAGCUGCGCAUUCACCAGUAUCAGGGAUCACAUGUUAGCUGUGUAUUCACCAGUAUCAGGGGUCACAUGUUAGCUGUGCAUUCACCAGUAUCAGGGGUCACAUGUUAGCUGUGCAUUCACCAGUAUCAGGGGUCACAUGUUAGCUGUGUAUUCACCAGUAUCAGGGGUCACAUGUUAGCUGCACAUUCACCAGUAUCAGGGGUCACAUGUUAGCUGCACAUUCACCAGUAUCAGGGGUCACAUGUUGGCUGUGCAUUCACCAGUAUCAGGGGUCACAUGUUAGCUGCACAUUCACCAGUAUCAGGGGUCACAUGUUAGCUGCACAUUCACCAGUAUCAGGGGUCACAUGUUAGCUGCACAUUCACCAGUAUCAGGGGUCACAUGUUAGCUGUGCAUUCACCAGUAUCAGGGGUCACAUGUUAGCUGUGCAUUCACCAGUAUCAGGGGUCACAUGUUAGCUGUGUAUUCACCAGUAUCAGGGGUCACAUGUUAGCUGCACAUUCACCAGUAUCAGGGGUCACAUGUUAGCUGCACAUUCACCAGUAUCAGGGGUCACAUGUUGGCUGUGCAUUCACCAGUAUCAGGGGUCACAUGUUGGCUGCGCAUUCACCAGUAUCAGGGGUCACAUGUUAGCUGCGCAUUCACCAGUAUCAGGGGUCACAUGUUAGCUGCGCAUUCACCAGUAUCAGGGGUCACAUGUUAGCUGCGCAUUCACCAGUAUCAGGGGUCACAUGUUAGCUGCGCAUUCACCAGUAUCAGGGGUCACAUGUUAGCUGCACAUUCACCAGUAUCAGGGGUCACAUAUUAGCAGCACAUUCACCAGUAUCAGGGGGUCACAUGUUGGCUGUGCAUUCACCAGUAUCAGGGGUCACAUGUUAGCUGCGCAUUCACCAGUAUCAGGGGUCACAUGUUAGCUGCACAUUCACCAGUAUCAGGGGUCACAUGUUAGCUGCGCAUUCACCAGUAUCAGGGGUCACAUGUUAGCUGCACAUUCACCAGUAUCAGGGGUCACAUGUUAGCUGCACAUUCACCAGUAUCAGGGGGUCACAUGUUGGCUGUGCAUUCACCAGUAUCAGGGGUCACAUGUUAGCUGCACAUUCACCAGUAUCAGGGGGUCACAUGUUGGCUGUGCAUUCACCAGUAUCAGGGGUCACAUGUUAGCUGCACAUUCACCAGUAUCAGGGGUCACAUAUUAGCAGCACAUUCACCAGUAUCAGGGGGUCACAUGUUGGCUGUGCAUUCACCAGUAUCAGGGGUCACAUGUUAGCUGCGCAUUCACCAGUAUCAGGGGUCACAUGUUAGCUGCACAUUCACCAGUAUCAGGGGUCACAUGUUAGCUGCGCAUUCACCAGUAUCAGGGGUCACAUGUUAGCUGCGCAUUCACCAGUAUCAGGGGUCACAUGUUAGCUGCACAUUCACCAGUAUCAGGGGUCACAUGUUAGCUGCACAUUCACCAGUAUCAGGGGGUCACAUGUUGGCUGUGCAUUCACCAGUAUCAGGGGUCACAUGUUAGCUGCGCAUUCACCAGUAUCAGGGGUCACAUGUUAGCUGCACAUUCACCAGUAUCAGGGGUUACAUAUUAGCAGCACAUUCACCAGUAUCAGGGGUUUCAUUCAGUGAUUACAAGGAUCAGCGCAGGAGCAGGGACCUUUUUGUCAGACAUCAGGAGAUGGAUUUCCCCUUGGUUACAGUAUCUGGGCACCUCCUCUAUUGUCAUAAACUGGCUUCUUCUUAUUGUAUUUUCUAAUGUGUGAUAUUAUAUUAAAAAAAUCCAUCAACCAACUGUA